AUGGUGAAGGUAGUUCCUGAGCAGAAGUUGGAGGCAGGCUUGCCUGUGAAGAUAUUUGUGAAGUUAGAAGACCUGCUCUUCACAAAUUUCAAGUGGACUUUGUUGGAGACUCCUUGGACUUGGACUGCAUUAGGUAUAAAGGUCUCAAGGAAGUCAGAGAAACAAAAAACAGUCAAGGAGGAGCUCAGGACUUCAAAACCUGUUCAGAAGACUUCACUGCACAGAACAUCAUCAACAACACCACUGACCUCAUCAGCUGUAAUCAAGCAAAGGAUCAGCACCACAAGUCAACCUACAACAGUACCUUGGGAGGAAGAAACUGUUACCAUCCAGGAUCAAGACAACAGUGUUUUUAAUAAAAAUGAUGUUGUGACUGUUGUGCCUGAAACCCAGUUAGAACAAACAGUGGAGAUGAGCGAAUCAGAGGCAGAAAAUCAAUUGGAAGAGGUGCCUCAGUCAGUUCUGAAUCCUUUGUUUGAGGAAUUGGAGAUGGCUGAGGCUCCUUCUCUUGCCACAGUCUGGUCCAAAGCCCUGUCUGGGGAAGAGUUGCUCGCCAGGUCUUGUUGGUGUCUCCUCAAGAUGGUGAAGGUAGUUCCUGAGCAGAAGUUGGAGGCAGGCUUGCCUGUGAAGAUAUUUGUGAAGUUAGAAGACCUGCUCUUCACAAAUUUCAAGUGGACUUUGUUGGAGACUCCUUGGACUUGGACUGCAUUAGGUAUAAAGGUCUCAAGGAAGUCAGAGAAACAAAAAACAGUCAAGGAGGAGCUCAGGACUUCAAAACCUGUUCAGAAGACUUCACUGCACAGAACAUCAUCAACAACACCACUGACCUCAUCAGCUGUAAUCAAGCAAAGGAUCAGCACCACAAGUCAACCUACAACAGUACCUUGGGAGGAAGAAACUGUUACCAUCCAGGAUCAAGACAACAGUGUUUUUAAUAAAAAUGAUGUUGUGACUGUUGUGCCUGAAACCCAGUUAGAACAAACAGUGGAGAUGAGCAAAUCAGAGGCAGAAAAUCAAUUGGAAGAGGCGCCUCAGUCAGUUCUGAAUCCUUUGUUUGAGGAAUUGGAGAUGGCUGAGGCUCCUUCUCUUGCCACAGUCCAGUCCAAAGCCCUGUCUGGGGAAGAGUUGCUCGCCAGGUGGACUUGGCCUCUCCUUCGUGCUUGGGUGUUGGCGAAGAUUUGUUCUAGCCACCCCACCUUUUGUCGCACUCGACCUGGUUCUGGCCAGCUUGCGGGCGCCAGGUUUAUUGCCGGCGGCUGGCAAUAA